GUGGCGCGGGAAAUGAACAGCCACCUCGGCGCUCUGCAGGCUGUAGGAGCUGCAGUCAUUGUUCAGCUUUCUGCAGAGUUGCAUGAGUGCUUUUUUUUUACUUUCUCUGUGUUGCAAGCUUUCUAGAGCCAACAAUGUCCGUCACCCGCUCCAAGAAGCUGGCAGUCCAGCCUCCAUCCACCAGGAUGAGCCUGAGGAGCUUCCGCAACGUCCCGCUGGUUCCCAUGGAGACUUCCUCUUCCUCUGAUGAUAGCUGCGACAGCUUCGGCUCGGAUGGGGGCUUUGUAAAUACGAGGAAAAGCUUGAGACAAGCAAAGAGGACAAGUAACAAGCCAAAGGUGUUUGAGACUACAUCAGAGGAGGACACAUGCUCUGGGUUUGAGGACAGUGUGAUCAACAAUCAAAUGAGAUCUAUGAAAGUAGACGCAGACCCUGAAUCUCCAAGGCGCGGCCGCAGAUCACACACCUUUAAGGUCGCCAUGACGUUCCCCACCAGGAAGACGAGCAAGAAGAGGCCUGCAUCUGAACCCCUCCCGCAGCCUAAAGCGUCUGACUCUGACUCUGAGGACAGCUUCAUACACAAGAGGGCACUGAAUAUCAAGGAGAAUAAAGCAAUGCUUGCAAAGCUCAUGGCAGAGCUGAACAAAGUACCUGGUCUCUUCCCAAGUCGGAUGGCAAUGUCAGCAUCCACUACGCCCCGCCGUGCACCUCGACAGCCCACAAAAUUCUCAGGUCCACGCAGGAAGAACCCAGAGCGCCUCUCUCGACCCCACACGCGGUCCCGCAGCCUGGUUGACGGGCCGCCCAGUCCUCCCCCAGAGGAGGAUCCUGAGGAUAAGUUCAGCUUGGUGCGCAAGAGCCGCUACUACGAGGAGGUGGAUGAGCCGCCCCGACGCCGUUACUCUACUGGUCCCAUGGCCAUACCUCAUGUGGUGCGUCCUGUGGAGGACAUCACAGAGGCGGAGCUGCAGCACAUCUGCCAUAAUGUGAGGGAGAAGGUCUACAACAGCAGCACUGGAACCACUUGCCACCAGUGUCGUCAGAAAACAACUGACACCAAAACAAACUGUCGCAAUCCAGAGUGUGUCGGUGUGCGGGGUCAGUUCUGUGGCCCAUGCCUCCGUAACCGCUAUGGAGAGGAGGUGCGAGAUGCUCUGCUGGAUCCGGAGUGGCAGUGUCCGCCAUGCAGAGGGAUCUGCAACUGCAGCUUCUGUCGAGCCCGAGAGGGCCGCUGUGCCACAGGAGUGCUGGUCUACCUGGCCAAAUUCAACGGCUAUGAUAAUGUGCACGCCUACCUGAAAAGUUUGAAGAAGGAGCUGGAGGAGAACAGCCAGUAAAGUGGAGGACGGAGCCCCUGAUGAUUCUUGACCUGACUGACAUGCUGUAGCAGCCAUGUUUACAGCCAUACAAAUGUAAUAUAGCCUUUUGGUUUUCUGAGAAUAGUAAGGCCAUGCUGUUCAUGUUCCCAUUCAUGCUAUUUUUAAAAGGUUGAGCAUUGAUUGACUUAUAGAGGCGGCGUGCACACAUUUUUAAUCCUCUCCUUCCUGGCCUUAGCUCACAUGGUGCUUCUGUUGCUUCUCCAUGAAUUUCCUGUCAUUUAAUGUUGUAUUGAGCCUACCCAUAGUGACUGAUUAUAAACAAAGAUGGUGGAGGAGAAAAGACAGUCAAUGCUCCUUUAGGAAAAUUUCUCAACUUGUGAAAACUCCGUUAAAUGGCCUUAACUUGAACAAGACAAUGACAUGUCCAAACAACUCUCCGCUAAUGCAGCUAUCACCACAUUCCUCAGUUUAUUCAGACUAUGUUGUCUUAAGAGCCAGAUAUUGCUCUGUACAUAAACAAAACACCUUUUUAAAAAAAAAAAAAAAAAAAAAAAAUCAAGGCGUACUGCUUGCUGCCCUCAGAUUU